AUGCCUGACAUCCGGAGUUUCUUUGGCGGAAAGCCGAGUAGUCAAGGCUCCAGCGACGCCCCGGCGAAGCCUGUGGCCAAAAAAGAGGACCCGUCCGCCACGCGGAAGAAGCGCAGCAGGAAGGUUGUCGAUGAUAGCGAUGAUGAAGAAGAUGCUGCACCCAUCAAAGAGCCAACUCCUAAAGUGAAGCCGAAAAGCCAAUCGAAACCCGAAGAGCCGAAGGGUGAACCUACAACUUCGUCAGACUACUUUGCCUCCAGCAAGAAGAAGGGCAAGCCUGCCAAAACGACAGAGGCUCCGGCCGAUGACACUAAAGAGAAAGUCACCAACCCGAAACCUAAGAAGACCGUCCCGGAACCCGAGAAGCAGAGCCGGCCCGCCGCUCGUGGGUCAACGAAGAAAGCCUCAAAGGUCAUUGAGGACGAGAAACUUGGUGAUGAUGAUAUCUUUGCGACUGAAUAUGGAAAGACCGGCAAGGGUGAGGACGAUUAUGUCAUGGGAGAUGAGGACGACGAAAGCGACUUUGAGCUAUUAGAAAUUAAGCCCGCCGCUGCAGCCAAGAAGACACAGAAGAAACCUUCCCGUGACGAUGACGAUGUGACUAUGGAAGAUCUUCCCAAGGAGCCUGCCCCCAAGGCUCGACCAGGCCGCAAACGCAAGGCAGAGGCACUCUUUGACGAGGAUGAAGAUGAGGAAUUCGAGGCACCAAAGAAGGCGGCCCCGAAGAAGGCCGCUGCAUCGCCCGCAAAGAAGCAAAAGGCUACAUCUACACCCAAAAAGGCCAAGGACGCUCCGGAGAGCAAAGAGAUUCAAGAUAUCUUUGACAGCAUCCCUCUGGUGGAUGCACCUGAGCCUCCCCAGGGAGAGGCCAAGAAAUGGAAAUUUGGACAACAAGCAUCCCGGGACCCAGCGAUGACAGGGUCUACGGAGAUGCCAGUGGGACAGGAAAACUGUCUUGCUGGGCUAUCAUUCGUUUUUACUGGUGUUCAGGAAUCCCUCGGCCGUGACGAGGGCGCCCAGCUAGUGAAGAGGUAUGGUGGCAAGGUUACGGGAGCUCCCAGCGGGAAGACGAGCUUUGUUGUCCUUGGUAGUGAUGCAGGCCCAAAGAAGCUCGAAACCAUUGCCAAGCACGGGAUCAAGACAAUCGACGAAAAUGGUCUUUUCGAAUUGAUCCGACGACUUCCCGCCAACGGUGGUGAUGGAAAGGCCGCCGAAAAGUAUGCCGAAAAGCAAAAGGCAGAUGAGGAUAAGGUUCGUGCCAUGGCUGCUGAGAUUGAUGCGGAAGAAAAACGAAAGAAAGCUGCUGCGACUCCUAAGGCUCCCAAGACUGUUGCGCCCUCAUCUCAGACACCUCAGCCGUCUAGCCCGCAAACUUCGGCCGGCGAUUUGUGGACGACGAAAUAUGCUCCCACAUCUCUCAACAUGAUAUGUGGUAAUAAGGCUCCUGUGGAGAAGAUCCAGAACUGGCUGCGGAACUGGCACAACAGUGCUAAGUUUGAUUUCAAGAAGGGUGGCAAGGAUGGCUCAGGUCUGUACCGGGCUAUCAUCAUUCACGGUCCCCCAGGAAUUGGUAAAACUACAGCAGCCCAUCUCAUCGCGAAGCUGGAGGGAUACGAUAUUGUCGAGACCAACGCCAGUGACACCCGAAGCAAGAAGCUCGUCGAGAGCUCUACCCUGGGCGUUCUAGACACAACCUCUCUCCAGGGCUACUUCGCCGGAGAGGGCAAACAGGUCGAGGGUGAGAAGAAGAAACUUGUACUCAUUAUGGACGAAGUGGAUGGUAUGUCUGCUGGUGACCGUGGUGGUGUGGGAGCAGUCGCAGCCGUUCUCAAGAAGACCAAAAUUCCAAUCAUUCUUGUCUGCAACGAACGAAAGCUUCCCAAAAUGAAGCCGUUCGACCAUGUCACCUUCGAUAUUCCGUUCAGACGUCCGACUGCCGAGCAGAUUCGGGCAAGACUGUCCACUAUUUGCUUCCGAGAGGGCCUUAAAAUCCCCCCUCCUGUACUUGACGGCCUCAUUGAAGGAACGCAUGCCGAUAUUCGCCAGGUCAUUAACAUGUUGUCCACCGCCAGACUGGACCAGAAGACUCUCAAUUUUGACGAAGGCAAGCAGAUGUCAAAGGCAUGGGAGAAGCAUGUGAUCCUCAAGCCCUGGGAUAUUGUCAGCAAAAUUCUCAGUGCCCAGAUGUUUUCUCCAAGUUCUACGGCUACGCUGAACGACAAGGUCGAACUCUAUUUUAACGACCACGAAUUCAGCUACCUGAUGCUUCAGGAGAAUUAUCUUAAGACCAAACCCACUCUUGCAGGCAAAUAUCAGGGCAAGGAACAACGUCUGAAGUCCCUUGAGUUGCUUGACAAUGCCGCCUCGAGCAUCAGUGACGGUGAUCUUGUUGACCGUAUGAUUCACGGAACCCAGCAACAGUGGAGUCUGAUGCCCGUCCAUGCUAUUUUCAGCUUUGUCCGACCAGCCAGCUACCAGUAUGGUAACUUCAGUGAACGGGCUUCGUUUACUAGCUGGCUAGGAAACAACAGUAAACACGGCAAAAUGUCCCGAUAUGUCAAGGAAAUUCAAGGCCACAUGCGCCUUCGCACAACUGGUAACCGCGACGAGAUCCGUCAGCAAUACAUGCCGUUGCUCCAGCAAAAGAUGAUUCGCCGUCUAAUGGAAGAGGGCAAGGACAGUGUGGACUCAGUCAUCGAUUUCAUGGAUGACUACUUCCUGACCCGCGACGACUUCGAUGCCAUGGUCGAAUUAGGACUGGGCCCUAUGGAUGAGUCCAAGAUCAAACUUGAGACUCAGACGAAAGCUACUUUCACGCGUCUAUACAACUCACGCUCGCACCCAAUGCCCUUCAUGAAGGCUAGCAACGUGGUCGCGCCGAAGAAGGGACCGAAGGAGAAGCCCGAUCUCGAAGAUGCCAUUGAAGAAUCUGACGAGGAGGAGGUUGUUAAUGAAAUUAAGGAUGACGACGAAGAAGAAGAACUUGAUCUGAAGAAAGAUAAAUAUGUCAGUAUGCCUAAGAAGAAGAAGGCUCCGGCCAAGGGCAAGAAGGCUAAGACGGCCGAUGAUGAGGAAGAGAAGCCGAAGAAGAGCAAGGCAAAGGGCAAGACUAAGGUUUGA